AUUAGGAGAUAUACAAUGAGACAAAGGAGAGCACUUAGACAAUUCACUUUGAGUACAGGGAAGUCUGCUGGUAGGAAUUCCUCAGGGCGUAUUACAGUUUUUCACCGAGGGGGUGGAUCGAAGCGAUUGCAGCGAAGAAUUGAUCUGAAACGAAAGACUGAGUCUAUAGGCGUUGUAGAAAGGAUAGAACGUGCGCCUAAUCGCUCUUCUCGGAUCACUCCGGUACGAUGGUUCCCCAGAGGGGUCCGCCAAUGCAACACGAUAGAAGAGUUCGCUCCUCCACGUAAGAUCCUCGAAUCAAAAUCACCCACGACUACCAUCUGCGCUCCAUUUUCGUUCUCUUCCCUGCCCGGGAAGGGGGAUCAAAAAAGGGUAGUUUGCUUCUCUCCUGGGCGGAUGGCCACUUAUGUAGUGGUCGGCCUUCCUACCAGAAUGCCUUCUUGGUCGAUGAGCCCCUUUUAUACUAGUAAGGACGCAGGAAGCAAAGAAACUUGCGCGAAGGACGUUUUCUUCUCUACCCUCUCCUCUCCAAAGGCCAAGGGAGAGACUGCAUCCCUUUCCUUCAGUAGCUCUUUUGGUUUCCCAAGGAUAGCGGUAGCUGGAGCAAAUCCCGCUUUCUACUCUCCGCGAAUGAGAGAGAAAGUCAGAGGAAAAAACACGUUCUCUCUU